AUGUCACAGAGAUUUCUGAUCACUGUUUUUCCAUACAGAUCGAGUUCUGCACUGAACCAGCCAUCCAUAGAGUGGGUUGACAUGAUACAUAAAGAUUGGACGAUUCUUGAGAAACAUUUGCCUGAGACUGUAUUUGUAAGGGUUGAUGAAUCAAGGAUGAAUCUUUUAAGAGCUGUAAUUAUUGGACCACAAGGGACUCCUUACCGUGAUGGUCUCUUUUUCUUCGAUUUGGUCUUACCAGGCAACUAUAUCCUUCUAGCCCGCCGCUUGUACGUUAUCUCUCUGGUGGUUUUUGUAUCAGUCCGAAUUUCUGCAAGUGUGGUCUAGUUGACAUGAGAUUAUCCGAAACAAUUGGCAGCCAGGAGAGAAUUUGGGUCCCACACACCUCAAAUAUUCUUGAGCUUCUAGUUUUCAUACAGAACCAGAUUUUGAUAGCAAAUCCUAUAUACAACAACAUUACCUAUGCAGGCAUGAGAGGUUGUGCUUAUGGAAAUGUAUUUUCAGCAUGUUACAAUGAGAACACUAUUAUAAAAUCACUCAAAACAAUGGUGCAUGUCAUGAACAAACCAC